GCACCAAGAAAAGCUAUUAGUUUUUUUAUCAUUUGCUGAUUUUAUAGUAGAAAAAAAAUCUAAUUAUCUGCAAUGGCAACUACUAGAUCUUUCUUAAUUUUAAUUUUUAUGAUAUUAACAACUACUGGAUCAGCAUCCUCUGAGUUGGAAGAAGUGGUAACCAUCCUUAGCAUUGAUGGAGGUGGCAUUAAGGGAAUCAUUCCGGCUACUAUUCUUGAUUUUCUUAAAGGCCAGCUUCAGGAAUUGGACGAUAAUAAAGAUGCAAGACUUGCAGAUUAUUUUAACUUAAUUGCAGGAACAAGUACAGGUGGCUUAUUGACUGCUAUGAUAAGUAGUCCAAAUGAAGAUAAUCGACCCAUUUCAGCUGCUAAGGAUAUUGUAUCUUUUUAUUUCAAAUAUGGCCCUAAGAUUUUUCCGCGUUCACCACCUCCAAUUCUUCACCCAAAAUAUGAUGGAAUAGAUUUUCAUAAAAUUCUUGAAGAUGUGUUAGGAGAAACUCGAUUGAAUCAGACUUUGACAGAUGUCGUCAUCACAGCCUUUGAUAUCAAGAGCAAUAAGCCAGUAGUUUUCACUAAGUCAGAGUUAGCAAAGUAUCCUGAAUUGGAUGCAAAGAUGUCUGACAUAUGCUACAGCACGGCGGCUGCUCCAAUAUUGCUUCCUCCGCAUUAUUUUGUGAAUGAUGAUGGUAAAGGAAAUCAACUUGAAUUCAAUCUUGUUGAUGGUGCUGUCGCUGCUGUUGGUGAUCCGGCGAUAUUAGCCCUUAGCGUUGCAACGAGACGUGCGAUGAAAGGGGAUCCAGCAUUUGCUUCUAUUAAGUCAAUGAACUGCAAAAAGGUUUUGUUGCUCUCAUUAGGCACUGGCACUAAUUCAGAGUUUGAUAAAACAUAUACAGCAAAUGAGACAGCUGAUUGGGGUGCUAUUGAGUGGCUAUUUCAUAAUAAUUCCACACCUUUAUCUCAAAUGCAUUCUGCAGCAUGUUCUUACAUGGAUGAUUAUUAUAUUGCCACUGUUUUUAAGGCUGGUAAUGCUGAAAAGAAUUACCUCAGGAUUGAAGAAAAUGCAUUAACAGGCUCAACUACAUCACUGGAUGAUGCUUCAGUGGAAAAUAUGAAAUUAUUGGUUCAAGUUGGUGAAAAUUUGUUAAAGAAAAAAGUUUCCAAAGAAAAUUCUGAAACCAAUGAGGAAGCCCUAAAGAGGCUUCCAAAAUUACUCUCUGAAAGGAAGAAACUUCGAGCAAAAAAAGCGUCUUAUUAAUUCAAGGUCUCAAAUUUUAAUUAGCACUUGCAAAGUUUGUGAUUGCGCACAUGUAUUUGCCCGUCAUGUCUUGUGUUAUCUUAGAAGUAUCUAA